GCUGGGCUGCCCCACACUCAGCCGCCCCUGGGGGCCCCAGAGGAGUUGGUACCAGGGGAAGGGGGGGCGCUAAGGUUUAACAGCAGCUCCUGUUUCUGGCAGAGGGAGCCUGUCUCCGCAGCCUGGUCACCCAGCCGAGAUGGAGCCCCCGGAGCAGCCAGACGGUCUGAGGCGUGGCCCUGUGUAUGAUGUCCCAGACCCACACGUCUUCCCCCAGCCCAGACCAGCACGGGGGUCUCCGAACAACGUCAGCCUCCUGGAUCGCCUGCUCCUCACCCAGUCUGUCUGGCUGCAGCUGAGCCUCAACUCUGCCACCGCCCUGCACAUCCUGCAGCGUGAGCCCCCCGGGACAUUCCUGGUGCGCCGAUCGAACACACACCGACGCCGGGUGCUCUGCUUGCGCCUCCUAGAUGACUUGGCCCCGGCCUUCGUCGCUAGCUACUGCCUGCAGGAGAGAGCAGCAGGCAUCUCUCUAGAGGGCUCAUCCUGGAGCUUCCCAGACCUGCUGCACCUGGUGGCCUCCUACUGCCAGAGCCGGGAGGUUCUCCCGGUCGCCCUGCGCCUGCCCCAACCCAUCCAGCAGGCGGUGUCGCACAAGGAACUGGAGGCCAUUUCCCACCUGGGGCUCGAGUUCUGGAGCUCUUCUCUCAAUGCCAAGGACCCCCUGGAGUCGCCUGAGCCCCCACUCUGUGAGGAUGCUGCCCCUGCAGCUGGCCAGCUGGGUGCAAUCCCCACGCGGAGCCCAAGGGAGCUGGACUGCGGCCUGGGCAACGGGGCGCUGGGCUUCCUGAACCCCCUGUUCCAGGGCAGGGAUGGGGGCUCACGGCGGGACGACUUCAAGCGCAGCAUUAAAGUGCGGGUGUCCACCGAGACCUCCAGCCCUCUCUCACCACCCCCCAAGCCACCACCCCCCAUCCCUUCCAGCCAGACUGGGAUGCUCCCCACCCCGCACCGAGAGCCGGGCCAGUACACAUCGCUCAGCAUGUCGGGGUAUCGGGUGCCCCAGCGGGCUGGGGAGCCCCUUAAUCCCAAGCCAGCUGGGAGCAGCCUCCCAUCCCUGCAGGAGCUGGACAGCAGGUCCCCCAGUGGCUCAGAGAGCGAGGGGGGUGGGGGUCCGCGGGCCCCCUCACCUCCUGCCCAGCGCCGCCCCCGUGCCCCCCUGCGCUCCAUGAGCGAUGCCGUCCUGGCAGUGCUGGCCCCUGAGAAACAGCUGGCACGGGCCGUGGAGGGGCUGGCGCGGGACCGGAGCACCAGGUUGGGAGCCAGCGUCCAGGAUUUCCUGACCCUAGUGAGGGGUGGCGGGGGGGAGUGGCGGUCCAGCCACGAGCUGCUGAGUCCCGUCCGGACCUUCCUGACCCACACCAAGGCCCAGCUGCUGCCCAGCCCAGCCCUGGAGCUGCCGAGCCCCACGCUGCUGCCUGACCACAGGCUGGACGCUGUGCUGGAACGGGCCCUACAUCGUUGUGUGCUGAAGCCUCUCAGACCAGUGCUGGCAUCCCGGCUGCGCAGGCUACACGUGGCAGAUGGGUCCCUGGGCCAGCUCCAGGAGAACCUGCGGCUGGUGCGGGAGCGGGGCCCUGGUGCCUUCCCGGCACGGGCGACCCUGCCUAGCCCCCAUGACACCCAGCGGGCACGGCGCAAACUGCUGCAGCUUCUGCAUGCGUAUUCGCCCAGCACCCAGGUGACACUGCUGCUGCAGGCCUGCAAGGGUGUCUACCAAGCCAUGGGGGCAGCCCCGGAUGGGAGCUAUGGGGCGGACGAGUUCUUGCCGGUUCUGAGCUUCAUCCUGGCUCAGUGCGACCUGCCCCAGCUGCUCAUGGAGGCUGAGUACAUGAUGGAGCUGAUGGAGCCCAGCCAGCUCCUGGGGGAAGGGGGCUAUUACCUGACCACUCUCCAGGCCAGCCUGGCCCUGCUGGGGCGUUUCCAUGAAGAGGAGCCCAUGGAGCUGCGCCCUGAUGUCCAGAGAGCCCUGAGCUGGCGGCACCAGAGCCCCUCAGGGCGGACCCCUGGCAGCCCAUGCCAGGACCCACGGCCUGAGAAAACCCAGGCCCCCUGUAGUGGGUGCCACUCCACCACACCUGCACUGGGAGCCCAGGGGACGGCGGAGCAGCUACAGAGGCACCCCACAGACAACAGUCUCCCCCUGCACCCUGAGGGCCAGCACCAGCCCCAGGAGCACCCGGCCCAGCACCGCCACCCCGGGGAGAUGGGACCUGGGCCGGGACCCCCACACAGGCUGCUCCGCGAAGCGGCUGUCGACCUGGAUGAACCCCUCUGACCUGGGAUGCCUGGUUCUGUCCCAGCUCUAGGAGGGGAGUGGGGUCUAAUAGGUUAGAGCCGGGGGGCUGGGAGUGAGGUCUCCUGGGUUCUAGUCCAAGCUCUGCUGUGACUGGCUUUAUGACCACGUCCCUCUUGGUGCCUCAGUUUCCCCCUUAUGUAAAACAGGGUGAAUAAGACCUGCAGCAGUGUGGAAGGGAUGUCUGUCCCAGGUAGCUCCUCCCUGUUCCACU